AUGCAGUCCGGAAAACCCACGUUAUCUAUUAACCAUUUGGGUAUGAGGCUGGACACGGCUGAAUCAGGUAAGUCCUGGUCGAUUUCUUUGGGAUUUUUUUGAGUUUAGGUGUUGAAAAUGUAAAGGAGUUUGUAGGUAAGCUUUUGGGACAGUUGAAAGGGUUACUAACUUGAGAUUCGGGGGCUAAAAGCAUUAAAAUAAUAUCCUUGCUUUUAGGAAAAUUGAUCAGUAACAUGAUUGACGCUGUGGCCAAGAUCGAUUGUUUGAUUUUGUCAGGCAAUACGUUAGGUGUAGAUGCUUCUGAAGUUAUUGCCCAGAGUUUGUCGAAACAAUCCACAUUGAAACAGGCGAUUUUUGCAGAUAUGUUCACUGGAAGGUUAAAAACCGAAAUUCCUAAAACUUUGGUGAGUAAUUUUGUUAUUUUUUGUUUAUAGGGGUUGAAGAAGAUGCAGAAGAAGCUUAUACAAGAGUUUCAUUUGAUUCGGUUUUGAUAUAGGCAUUCUAUUCGCAUUUUUCUUUGAUUUAGCGUAGUCAUGGAUAGGAUAAGAUAAUCUACUUUAAUAAAUAAAUCUCUAAUUAUUCAGAAAUUCUUGAGUGAUGCGAUGAUAAAAGCUGAUGUACAUCUAGAAGAGUUGGAUUUGAGUGAUAACGCGAUUGGGCCAAUGGCAAUGCCUGGAAUAGAGGAGUUUUUGUCGUCUUCACCAUGUUAUUCGUUGAAGAAGUUGUACUUUAACAAUUGUGGACUUGGUGUUGCUGGAAUUACAGUUGCGAACAGGUUAAUACAAUGCAAAGAGAAUGCUGCUAGAGCUGGUAAAAACUUUGAGCUUAAAGUUUUUAUCGCCGGCAGGAAUCGACAAGAGAAUCCAGGAGCUUCAGCUUGGGCAAAUUGCUUUAACGUGAGUUUUUUUGGUGACUUUCUUGUGUUUUGAUAUUUAGAUUGGUUGGUGAGAGAUGGACAAUAGAUUUUUCAAUAUAUUUGUCGAAAAAUAUUUUAGAGAAACCAUAAAAUAAUGAAGAUAUAUUGAGGUAGGCUAAGAAAACCUCAAAAUCUGCUUUAAAUUUCUAAAAACUCGAUUUAAUCAUUUAAAAUUUAGACAUUAGGAACACUGGAACGAGUAGAACUGGCUCAAAACGGGAUCAAAAAGGAAGGAUUUGUGGAUUUGGCCAAUGGACUACAAGGAUGUCCAAACCUCAGGUAUUUGAACCUGAAUGACAACACUGCUGAUGUCCUGGGAGCCAAAGCUCUAGCGAAUGCCAUUCCAUCUUUACAGAACCUUGAGCAUGUUGAUAUUGGAGAUUGCUUGCUGAGACGGGGAGCGGUUGAUGUUGUGGCCGCUUUGGCCGAAAAUUGCUAUGGCUUAACGGUAAGGGGUGGUUUUAUAUGGUUUUGGGGGGGGUUAUAGUUUUUUUUGUGUUUUUUGGGCCGUUUUAUAGACUUUUGAUUGUGUUUUAGGGCAAGUUAUGGCUUUUUGUUACGUAAAGAUUAAAACAUUUUGCAUUAUCUAACGGUUUAGAUUACUCUUUUCAACAUUUUCACCUAAAACAAUAUACUUCAGACGCUAGACCUCAGCGGAAGUGAACUAACACCACGUAUCGCUGAUGAUAUUAUUGAGAUUAUUGCUGGAGCCGAAGACUUAGUCCAGCUACGACACGUCAAAAUGGGCUUGAACUGUUUUGGAAGCGAAUUCGAUCGACUGGUUGAGGAUACGGCUGACAUGGGCAUCUUCGAUUUUGGUGACCCGGAAGACGAUGAUGGUGAAUUGAGUGAGGAUGACGAUGACGACCUGGAAGAAGUUUGA